AUGGCGAUACCUUUGGCUAAUUUUGGCAAGGCAUACGCUAGUUCACUGGAUGCCCGACCCAUCUUGACCAAGAGUGUUACGGCGGGCUGUAUUUUUGCAGUCUCAGACUACCUGGCACAGCGAUUGGAAUCAUCCGGAAGUCGCGAACGAAAAAUCAAUCCUACCAGGCUGCUCACAUCAGCCGCCGUCGGAUUGUUUUACUUCGGACCCGCCGCACACGCGUGGUACAAUAUGAUAUUCCAACUGCUUCCAGGGACUUCCCUUGUUUCGACGCUACAGAAAGCUGUCAUGGGACAGUUGUUCUUCGGACCAUCAUUUACAUGCAUCUUUUUCGCGACGAGCUUGAUGCAAUCAGGAAAUUUUACAAUCGCGAAUUGGCUGCGGAAGAUUCGGCAAGAUUUGCCCGGAGCAUGGCUGGCAGGGGCUAGCUUUUGGCCUCUGGUGGAUCUGGUCAGCUUUUCAAUGAUUUCGAAGGAAUGGAUUCCGCUAUUCGUAAAUAUGUGCUCGUUGGUCUGGACAAUUUAUCUAUCCAGUAUUGCUAAUCGGGGAAGCAAGUCAAGCUAG